GGACAGUUCCCGCCGCCGAACUUGCCAGGUGCGGGGAGGGCAGGUGGGGCGGCCCCGGAGCCGGCGGCGCGCGGGAGCCAUGGAGACCAUCUGGAUUUACCAGUUCCGCCUCAUCGUGAUCGGGGACUCCACCGUGGGCAAGUCGUGCCUCCUGCAUCGCUUCACCCAGGGGCGCUUUCCGGGGCUGCGCUCCCCCGCCUGCGACCCCACGGUCGGUGUGGACUUCUUUUCCCGCCUGCUGGAGAUCGAGCCGGGCAAGAGGAUCAAGCUGCAGCUCUGGGACACGGCGGGACAGGAGCGGUUCAGGUCAAUAACUCGAUCUUAUUACCGCAACUCUGUUGGAGGAUUUUUAGUAUUUGACAUUACUAACCGACGGUCUUUUGAACACGUGAAAGAUUGGCUAGAAGAAGCAAAAAUGCACGUGCAGCCAUUUCGGAUAGUGUUUCUGCUGGUCGGACAUAAAUGUGAUCUAGCUUCACAGCGUCAAGUCACAAGGGAAGAAGCUGAAAUACUGUCUGCAGACUGUGGUAUGAAGUAUAUAGAAACCUCAGCAAAAGAUGCCACAAAUGUUGAGGAAUCCUUCACCAUCUUGACAAAAGAGAUUUAUGAACUGAUUAAGAGGGGAGAAAUUUGUAUUCAGGAUGGCUGGGAAGGGGUUAAAAGUGGGUUUGUUCCUAACACUGUGCAUUCCUCUGAGGAAGCUGUAAAGCCCAGGAAAGAGUGCCUGUGCUGACCGCCUGCAGGCCAGAGGACUAAGGGGAGUAGAGGGGCUGUCAUUGCAGGAGAAAUGCCAACAUUCACAGCAAUGUUGCAAUGAAAGCACCCAGACGAGUAUAAGCACCCAAGAACACUUCUUUGGAAGGUGUUUGAUUCAGGGCGUUGUGCUGAUUUGUUCCACUACCAGUUUGGGUAGCUCACUAACUUCUCUGGCAAAGUUGACAACUUUUCCUUGAAACUGUGGUAGUUUCAUAAUUACCCCUGUUCUCACUUUGUUAGCAUCAGGCUGACCUUAAUGUCCAAAUAUGUCAAUAUUACUCACUUUCCUUGACAGUUUGGAAUGGAUUUUUUGUGCACUUUUGUUCAGAUUGGAAAGAUUUUUAUCAGGAAUUACCGUCUCUUGAGUGGAUUUAUGAAUAUUGAAUAGCAAGGUGGAUUUAAAAGUGCAUUGUUCACUUACAAAGUCAACAAAUCUCAGAGGUAUCACCUGGGACCCACAGAGUAGUUCCUUGUUUAAAGUUCCAAGUUUUUAACCAUUCCCUGAAAUACUUAUCCUCUCUUAAUUUUGCCUAAACAUAAGAAAAUCAAUUUUAUACUCAUUUUUGUUCUCUGAUUUCUUGCUCCUGAGAAUUUUGUUUUAUAAAAGAUAUCUAAGGAUCUAAGGAAAAUAUUUUAUCACAAAUAUUUAUAAAAAUUAAAAUGAAGGAGCACUAUCAGCAAAAGUUUUGAUGUUGUAGUAUACUAUCUUAUUGAAACAAGAAAAACAAAUGUAUUUAUAUACUAAUAUUUUCAGAGAGAGUUAAUGCAGUUUACCUUGAACUACUGUCUAAACUAUCAAUACAGGUAAAUACAGAAUGUUUUUAGUAGUAGCUUUUUUGUCUAAGUAAAUUUCCAAACCUUCCCAUUUCCAAUAUAAGAAAAGAUUUUUCUAGGCAAGGAAAUUGGUUAGAUGUUUGAUAUAUUAGCAUUCAAAUUGCUUUUUUAACCUCAUCAAUAAAAGUAAAGAUAGAAUAAUGGGUUAAAGCUCUAAGAUGAUUUUGUUUCCUGACUUUUAAUUUACUGAUUAAAUUCCCCUCCUAUAAGGGACAUUGUGAUCACUAUGUCAAAUAUUUUAUAAUGUACUUUUCUAUUCUGUUCUGGAAACCAUUUUUAAUCACAAAAUGGCACCAAAAGAAGCCGCCUUUUUGGGAAUCAAAACAUUUUUACUGUUUUACUAGCUCUAAGUUGCUUCAUAGGUUUGAAAAAUCAAAGUGGUGUAGUAGAGAGAAUAUUUAAUGAGAAUAUCAGAAAACCACACUUGUCUUUGCGGUACCAGUAUUGACACACCAGGAAGUUAUGACAUAAACAUCUCCAUGCUUCCCUUCUCUCACCUAUAAAAUUGUGUUUUAUGGAGUUAUUUUGAGAAUCAAAUGAAUCAUGUAAAAAAGCUUUGUACAUAGAAAAAGUGUUAUGCAAGUGUGAGUUUGAUACCAGCUGUUCUUGGGCAUACUGUUAUAACUGCAGUAGAUGAGAAUUUCCUUUGUUCAGCUUCUUUCCCUUAAUUCUCACACAGGGGGAGCAGAAGGAAGUACAUGUUUCCAUGGGCCUGGGGAAGUUCUCAAUUUGAUGCAUAACCUCUACCCCCUAACCUGGAAACAUAACUGCUCCAAAGUAGAAGUGAUAGGGAAGGCAUUCUCAGGAGAUUUAAUUCAAGCAAAAGUCAUGUUUGAAUGUGGCUUUUGUGCACCUUUGAAGUCUUAAUUUUUAAAUACUUGUGCAUUUUGUAGGUUUCUGUAAGUAUUUUUAAUUGUGCUUCUGGAGAGGUGAAUAUAAAUUAUAAUAGCACUAUAACAUUAUUGAAUACUUAUAUUGUCAAUAUUUUCUUAAUAUCCUUAGAUUCAUUUUAGUUGAGCAAGUUCAAACUAUAAUUUACCAGAUAAAAAAAUACCUGUCCCCCAAAAUGUGAAGUUGCCAAUUUUUACUGUUAUAAUUUUAAAUUUUAUAAUAUUCCAUCAGUCCAAAAAUGUUAUAAACCUAAACACUGAGUAGUUAAUCACUACUACUGUUUAAAGUGUAGUCACCAUUGCCUACUGGUAAACUUAAAUAGCAAAAAUGUAAAAUGUGAUUUAACUUUCAGGGGACGCCCUUUAUAAUACUAACAUUGGGAUAGAAUUAAUAUUAUUCAGGGUAAAGGUUCUGGUAUGUUUCAAGGUUUAGACCAGAUAAGGAACCAGAAGAAACAUAUGGGAAGGGGGGGUGGCCUCCCAAUAGUUUAUAUUAACCAAGGUCACACAGAGGCAGAAGCAAACCUAGAAGUCUGGUUCGUCUUACACUUUGGUUAGGGUUCCUUCCAUUACCACGCAAAGGGCAGAGUGUGUGUGUGUGUUUGUGUGUGUGUGUGUGUGUGUGUGUGUGUGUGUGUAGUGAAAGAAAAGGGAAAUGCAAAGUCACAAAAUACUAAAAUUGGGCAAAUCAUUUUGAUGUUAUAGAGUAGCUAUAUGUGGUAAAAAAAUAUUAAAUGAACAAUGACUACAGAUACCUGAAUUCUUAUAUAAGAUUGCCAAAUGUCUGUAAAACCUUAACCAGAUAUCUCUAUCAAAACUAUAUAUAUAAAAUAGCUGCCCUAUUUUCUUAGUACAUCUGAUAGAGAAUAUGGAUAAUAAUGCCAAAAUAGUAAAAAUAUGUGCUCCAGGCAAAACAGUUUGUUUCUUGGAAAU